GCUCUCUUCCUCAGAUCAAGAAAAAACCUUACAUUUAUACCUUUUUUCACUGUUCUCGUUUAAUUACCUUUUGAACAUCUCUUCACUGCAGUUUUGCUUUCAUUCUGUUUUUUCUCUUCAGAUUUUGAAGAUUCAGUUUGGUUUUCUCUUCUCUUUCGGUUCUUCGAUUCAGCUAAUAGGUGUGUAACUCGAAACCUAGGGUUUUGUCGAUUGUAAAUUGAAUUGAAUUAAGCAAACGGAUCCGCUUAUUCAAAGCAACCAUGGCAAACCGUACGGACCCUGCGGCGAAGAGCAUAAGGGGGACAAACCCUCAAAACCUGGUAGAGAAAAUUGUACGAUCAAAGAUAUACCAAAAUACGUACUGGAAGGAACAGUGUUUUGGGUUGACGGCGGAGACACUGGUUGACAAGGCAAUGGAGCUGGACCACAUCGGCGGAACUUACGGCGGCAACCGGAAGCCCACUCCCUUUAUGUGCCUUGUUAUGAAAAUGCUCCAAAUCCAACCAGAAAAAGAUAUCGUCGUUGAAUUCAUCAAAAACGACGAUUACAAGUAUGUUAGAGUUCUGGGAGCUUUUUACCUACGUCUGACUGGGAUUGAUUCUGAUAUUUAUCGUUAUUUAGAGCCUCUGUACAAUGAUUAUCGGAAAGUAAGGCUAAAAUCUCCCGAGGGAAAUUUUACCUUGACUCAUGUGGACGAGGUUAUUGAUGAACUUCUCACUAAAGAUUAUUCUUAUGAUAUUGCUCUGCCGCGCAUUAAGAAAAGAUGGACUCUUGAAUCACUUGGUGCACUUGAUGCAAGAAAAAGUGUGUUGGAAGAUGAUUUUGAGGAAGAGGAAGAGAAGGAUGAGAACGAGCAAGAUGAUUUAGAAGAGGAGGUGGCUCAUGAAAAGGAUUAUUACCAAACCAGAAGCCCCGCAAGAGAGAGAGACAGAGAUCGGAGACGUGACAGUCAUAGACACAGUGUUGUUUCUUUCCCUUUUCACAGAGAUCGGGAUUAUGAAAGAGAUAGAGAUUAUGAUAGAGAACGGGGACGUGGCCGAGACAGAGAUAGGGAUAGAGAGAGGGACAGAGACAGGGAUAGGGAUCGGUAUCGCUUGAGAGAGGAAAAGGAUUAUGGUCGAGAGAGGGAGCGAGAUAGAGAAAGGGAAGGUAGGGAGCGUGAUAGGCGAGACAGGGAUCGAGGCAGACGAAGGAGCCAUUCAAGAAGCCGUAGUAGGAGUAAGGACCGCAAGAGACAUGCUCGCAGUAGCAUUAGUCCUAGAAGGCAUGAACCUGAGGAUGGUAGUGCUCGAGAAGAGCCAAAGAAGAAGAAGGAAAAGAAUGAAAAGAAGGAUGAUGGAACAGACCACCCCGAUCCAGAGAUUGCUGAAGCCAACAGGAUCCGAGCAUCCCUUGGUUUGAAACCAUUGAAAUUAUAAGCAUGAUAGAUUUUUGACGUGGCUACAUUAACUGUUAUAUUUUAUGAAGGCUUAUUGGUGGUGUUAUCUUCUUAUCUAGUGUAAAAGCACAGUACUGUAUUUACCCAGAUGGUAGCUAUUUUACUAUUAUUUUUUCUUUGCAGCAAACUCCGUUUUUGUAACUUAGCAGCUUGCCAAGAAAUUGUGGUGUGAAAAUUGUUAGAUUCACCUUCCAAGACAAUGUAGAAGGCAGCAAAUAAAAAGUAACUUUGGAAAGUAAUUUGAAUUUGCUUUAUUAUAGAAAAUUCUUAGGAUGCGAUGAAUGCAAAUAUUAUGUAUAAAUUUGUAAAGAGAGAAUUUACUUUUUCUUUUGAUAAAAAAGAGAUUUCAUUAAUCACAUAAGUUAGAGUCUAUGAUAAUGGUAUCGUGUAACUAGAAGGGUAUCCCCCUAUCCAGUAUCUAAUCACCCAUCAGCUCAAGUGCAUGCCUUGCAUGUUUAUGAGCAGCUUGGACGCCAUGUGUGUUCCACUUUGAAAUAGCUACACCUUGUGUGUUUCACUCUGAAAUAGCUACAGCUCUGUGUUGAACAACUGCACAAAGGGUAGAUUUGGUAUCUCACUAUAAUUUUUAUACAUUGAAUCAGAUAAUGAAUUUUAUAUGGAUAAAAAAUCCCUCAAAUCUAGUUUCUAAAUUUUCAAACGAAUAUGGAUUUGGAGUUGUGCUGAAGCAAAGAACAAAGCCAAUGCUGACAAGGCAGCAGCAUCAA